CUGUCAGCGAGAGAGCUGCUGUCUCAGCUUCAGAGGUGCACUGAAGAAGAGAGCCGACUGACAUCUUCACACUCAAGUGGAAGGACUUUACCUGUUUGCCCGGGUCACCAUGGAGCCAUCACAGCAGAAGACCAUGAGCCCAGUGAUGGAGUCUGCCAAGGGCUUUGUGCUUGGAGCAGUGGCUGGAGGUACUCUGGGAGCCACGGAGGUACCGGUGAAUCAAAUUAUGCAGGAGAUUAUCUCAGGAGCCCAACUGAAACCCGUUAUGUCUGGCAUUAAGAGCCUUGGGGCUCUGGGACUGGGUGCGCUUCUAGGAACUACUGCACUCAUCACAUCAAUGACAUUGGUGGUAACGGGGGUCAUCGUAGCCGCUUCUGUGGCCUUGUGUCUAUUGAGAUUGAGGAAGACUGAAGGAUGGGUGGCAGCAGGAUUGGCCGCGGCUCUCACCACGACUUCAAGCGGUGCAGCACUAGGGGCCAUCAUUGAAAAUCUGAGCAUGAGCUAUGGGAUGGUCAGCCUGCUCUGGGCUUUGGGGAUUUUUACAGUUUUGAAAUUAUUGAUGCACUUCUUUGUGAAGUAUACAUGCACGGAACGGAAAUUUUGUGGAUUAAUAACUGAUGCUACUAAGAGAGAACAAGCAAGAUUACUUGCUUUGGAAGUAGAUCUAAGACAUCGGGUUGCAUUGGAAUUGGAAAAGCGGAUUAAGGCCUGUGAGAUGAAGAAACCAGAAGAGGAUGAUCUGGCUACUUGGGAGGCCCAACGAAGAGAAAGAGAAGAAAUAAAGAGAGAGCAAAGGAAGGCCGUUGAGUUGGAAAUGCAGAAGAGGUCUUCUCGACAACGCCUGCUCAAAGCGGUGGCCAAAUACACAGAGUUUCUUGCAUUUUCUGGCAUUCCGAUGACUGUGACUGCUUUUGUGACCGCUGGCUUUGGCAUCUUUGGGUUUGGAGAUUACAGAUUUGUUUUUGUUAUCCUGUUAGUUGUGGUGUUAUGCAUGUCGUUUUGGCUCAUGAGUUCUUGGCGUUUGAACUUUUGGAUGCUUAUGGGAUGCAUGGGAAUGUUUGCCACAUUUGCCAUUUCCGUGCUAACUGUUCAUGCCGGGCAAGAGGUGGCAGGCAUGUCCGUCAAAAUCCGCUUGGCAGGACAAGACAUAAGCAAUGAGAAUAUCAGCAUCCGUAUGUCUCACGCAUCCUCCGUACAGGCAAUUUCUGCAGGAUUCUUCGUGUCAGAAGUCUGUCAGGUUGGUUUAGGGGCCACAGUCGGUGGUCCAGUGGCACGAGAGACAGGAGGAAAGGUGAUUUUGGGGGCGUCUGUAACCGCUGCGGUUGUUUUGUCGAUAGUUGAAAUGUCGUCACAGAUGCUGGGAGUUGGUGGUAAGGCGGGGGCUUUGCUGGGGGCGGCUGGAGCUGCUGGUGUGUCCAUGGGAGGAGCUGCAGCUGUAGCAGUGAAAUCGUCCUCAUGGGGAGGAACAAUAGGAACCACUGCUGGGAUGAUCUUUGGCUUACUGGUGUUUAGAAAGUGGGACAUUGUUAACAUAGGGCUUCAGGUAUGUGUGGCAUACCUGUUUGCCAUGACAAAUCUUUACUGAAAUGCUAUGAUGUACAGUAACUGCUCUUUUUAGUAUUACAGUGGGCUUGGAAAGAAUCAGCAUCAAUAAAAUUGAGUUCUUUUUGUUUUUGUUUUUUUCUUUCUCUGACCUCCAUAUUCUCACUAUAUCACACUUUUUUCUCUGUAUUUGGUCUAAAGGUUCAUUAAAUUAUCCUGUAUAAUAAAUAAAUAAAUAACAGAUAAAUUUUUCUGACCAUUAUUUAAUACGUCAGGCUUUACAGGGUUAAAACAGGAUUGUUUUUUUAAAUAGGCAAACCUUAUGUUAGAUGCUUAGAUUUGUUUUCAGAAAAUACACUGUAUAUUGGUGUAAUUUCACUUUUUUUUUUUUUUUUUUUUUAAGGAAUUAGUGUAGAAAUUAAGGAAAGGUAACAACCUUACUCAACAGAAUUCUGUAAAUCAAGAUAAAACAAAUGAACAAUAAGGUAUUUUGGUGACAGCUGUAAAAUAUUCAAAUGAAUUUGUCCAGUGAGAAAAAUGGUGAGAAUGACUUUGUGUAUGUAAAUAACAAUAUGCAGUUAUUUUGAUCAUUAUUGUAAAACAAAUCCUAGACGUUGUGUAUGUGUCUGUGCUUAUUGAGCUAAUUAUGAGCUACUUUAUUCUACUUUGUAUUUUCUUACCUUUUAAAGGUUUGAUCCCAAUCAGGAGAUGCAGUGUUUGCUUUUGGAGUCAUUUUUACUUUUUAUUAAAUUACAUUUAUUUAAUUUGGUCUGCUUUGUUAUUUUGAUAUGUUGGUUUGUAUAAAACUAUUUUAUUGUAUGUUUGCACAUGACCACACUCAUCACACAGGUAUAGA